AGUCUUAGCGCAAUGUUACUCUCGCGUAUAUAACCGCACGAUUGCGGUUGCCGAUCGCAUUGUAUCGCCCCCAUCGCGUCAUUCAAAGACGAUAAAGAUCGUGCUAAAAGUUCAACAGGUUAAGACGCCGAUACUCGAAAUCAUCAAUCAAACUUAUCUUUCGUUUGAAAAAAUUGAUAAGGUUAUAAUUAGUCGAUGCAAGAACGUGAUAAUGCGUUGAAAACAAUAGAGGAAAUAAAACUGUUUCAAUUAAUCUCGCUUCGAAUGAUAAAACCUUUGUCAGCACGAAUUUCUCCCAGUUUAUCUCUUCCUUUUUCGCGUCAUUCUAACUCAAAACAUUAUGUGUGAAACUUAUCUGUGUGGCUCUAUUUAACGCAACAAGUAACUGUUUUUUGUAUAAAUGCACUGCUGUUAAUUGCAGAAAAAUGUUUUGAAUUGAAUUUUCGACAUGGAUUAUGUUAGCACCGUAUGCUGUAUUUUGGCGUUUCUGCUUUAUUACAACACUUUGGAUGCUGGAUUUGUUUACGACGACCGACGUGCUAUACUGAGUAACCCAGACUUGCUCUCCAAGACGCCAUGGUCUCGUCUUCUGGAAAACGAUUUCUGGGGAACUCCUUUGAGUGACAGUGGCUCUCAUGGUUCCUACCGCCCUUUGUGUGUACUAACCUUCCGCAUCAACUACGCUCUGGGAGGCUUUCAACCAUGGGGUUACCAUUUGGUGAACGUUCUUCUCCACUGUUUGGCAACCGUGCUCCUCAUCCGCGUAGCAAGAAUAAUUCUUCCUAAACCGAAAUCAAAAAUCGGAUCGAUGGUAACGGGUCUCGUGUUCGCGACGCAUCCUAUUCAUACAGAAGCCGUAGCCGGUGUUGUGGGAAGAGCAGACUUGGCUGCCUGUAAUUUUUAUUUUUUGUCGUUGUUAGCUUACGUUGCACACGUAAGAUAUAGAGAUACUCAAUAUUGUCACAGAUUCUGUAGAAAAAGUUCUAUAAUCAAGUCAGAUUCCAAACAGUAUCAAAAAAUUGUUUACGCCUUACAAAAAAAUGUCACUAGUUGUAAUUGGCCUAAAAGGCAUUUAAGAGAUAUUGAACAUACUGAACUAUCUUCCGUGAGUGUUUUUAUGAAAAAAAAGGAUAAUCAAAGUUUGUGUUGCUGGAAAAACAAUUUGAAAUUAUGGAUUUAUUUGGUUCUUUGUUUGUUGCUAGCAGUGGCUGCUAUGUUGAGCAAAGAAACGGGAAUUACGGUACUAGGAAUUUGUUUCAUAUACGAUUGGGUGUACUGCAUAUCAACUAAUAAGAAACAGAUCCGGAGUUUAUUAAUUCUCGCUUCAGCGCUUUCACUCAUCCUUGCCGCCAGACUACAAUCACGUACACCUCAUUUUUCUAGUGCGGACAAUCCAACAGCUAGAGAAACAGAAUUUUUCACCAGAUUCUUCACAUUCUUCUAUUUACCGAUUUUCAAUUUUUGGUUGCUAAUUUUUCCCAAUACUCUCAGCUUCGAUUGGGGCAUGGAGGCAAUACCCAGAAUAACAACGAUAAAAGAUAUCAGAAACAUUGUUAGUUUGGUGUUUUAUUACGGUAUUGCCGUAAUUUUGAAAAAAUGUAUGCUGAAAAUUAGGAAAAAAGUGAAGAGAGAAGAAAGGCCCAAAGAGGACAAUAAAUCAUGUACUGUAUGUCACAUGAACUGCUCAGAUAUACACUCUUCUUCCUGUAGAACAACCAACAACAAUAAUACGACCAAUUUCUCUUCUUCUUUUUGUGUAUGUUACAGCUAUUGCAGACCUUUAAUCAUUCAUCGACCAGAGAAACGACAGCACAAUUCCAACGCCGCCAUUGUGCUUUCUUUCGCCUUUUUAGCUCUUCCUUUUCUUCCAGCAACUAAUAUGUUGUUCUACGUUGGAUUUGUAGUUGCUGAAAGAGUUUUGUAUCUUCCAAGUGCCGGAUUAUGUUUGUUAUUGGGAUUGGCUAGUGGAACAUUGUGGGAUAGUUACAAACGACACAGACCAGUUUUAGUGUGCGGGUUAGUGUUAGUAUUAGUGGCGUUUAGUGCAAAGACUGUUAUCAGGAAUAAAGACUGGUAUAACGAAGAGGCCUUAUAUAGGUCCGCCAUCCCGAUCAACCCACCAAAAGCUUAUGGAAAUCUGGGCAGUGUUCUCAGUAGUCAAGGGAGAGUGGACGAAGCUGAAAUGGCAUUCAGGAAAGCCCUUCACUAUAGACCCAACAUGGCGGACGUGCAUUAUAAUCUGGGGAUUCUACUCCAAGGCAAAAACAAGUUGGAUGAGGCCAUUCUGAGCUACCAGAGGGCAAUUCAUUUCAGACCGUCAUUAGCUCUGGCAUACGUAAACUUGGGUACAGCAUUAAUAUCAACGGGAAGAUGCCAAGAAGCUGCAUCUAUCCUGCGGCAAGGAUCCAGAUUGAACGGCACAGGACUGAAGGAUCGAAAAGAACAUGAGACUGCAAAAGUAUCGGCUUUACUUCAACUGGGAGCUCUUUACUCAGACCAAGGAAGGCUGCAAAGGGCUUUGGCGGCAUAUAGGGAAGCAGCACAUUCAUUGCCUGAUCACUAUCCGCCGCAGAGCGUGUUCAACGUGUUGGGGGAAACUCUGGCCCGGCUAGAACAGGAUGAGGAGGCUGAGAGGUGGUACAUUGCCGCUCUACAUGCACAACCCGACCACGUUCCAGCCCAUAUCACCUACGGGAAGUUACUCGCCAAAAAUAUGAGUCGGGUUGCGGAAGCCGAGCAGUGGUUUAGGAAAGCCCAGAAGAUCGCUCCAAAAGAUCCUAGCGUUUUCCAUCAUUAUGGUGAAUUCCUUGCAUCCAGACGGCGGUACAAGGAGGCGGCGAACAUGUACGAAAAAGCCGCCGAAUUACGCCCAGAGGAUUACGAGUUAGCUGUGGCUGCUGCGACAGCAAUGCGACAAGCUGUCCGGUAUCAAGACGCUGAAAGAUGGUAUAGAAAAGCUGUCUCCAUCAACCCAACGGACGCAAGGAGCCACACAAAUUUGGGGGCGAUUUUGCACCUGAACGGCAAAUAUCGGGAGGCAGCAGAUUCCUAUAGGGAGUCUCUCCGGUUACAGCCUAACGAUGUCACUACUUUAGCCAAUCUCCAUAAAUUGCACACCGUCAUGACUUGACAUUAAUAUAUUGUUUGAUAUCGGAAAAGGUAAUAUAAAAACUAUUAAAACUGUUAUUAAAGCCGAUUUUCAUAAUGAUGGUGUGCCUUUGAAUGGAUUAACUUACGCAGAUAUAAGUUGGAUAUCAAAGAGAAGCUGAUAAAAAAUUCUAAUACAUUUUGCCAGAAAUUUCCUUACACAAAAUAUUUCCAAUAAUAUGCACACAAUAGAACAUAUUCGUUGCAUUAAAUAUUAUGGUAAAUAUGAGUUUUAUUAUACGGUUUACCCCAUCUAUAUUCAACAUGUCGUGAUUGUAAAUAUAUUGUGAAACAUUUUGAAUUUAGCGACAAUAAGAUUCGGAACAAAUCAUAAUUCAUUUGACAAAAAGUUUUCUUCUAGAUCGUAAGUUAUUUCAUCAACAAGAAGAUGUUAUGUCUGUUGUUUUAUCAGAAGAAUUGAGGAAUUAAGACGUAAUGUCUAAUUUCUUACAUUAUUAACCUUCUGUUAUGAACAAAAUGUAAAUCUCGAGUUCAAUCUGCAUUGAAGGCAGUAGUAGAUUCACCAUGUUUGAUUAUGUCUAAGAAAUAAAAAGUAUUUUACUUUGGAAUUCGAUUUCAAUACCGUCACGUCAGCACAGUCGCAGUGUUUGGUAUUUGUUCUUGAAUACAAAAAAAUUUGAUUCAUGGAAGAUUUGAAAGCAAAAUGAAAUGGUUUCUUUUCAUGUAUGUUCAGAUGAUUGUCUUCCAACGACUAAGUCUUAUCAUGGACUUUUUAUUGAGAAAAGUAUGAAUAGACCAAUUCACCAACGUUUCAUUGGCGGAUUAUGCUGUGAAUCGAGAAAUAUAGCUGUGAUGUAGAUCAUAUAUUAGGUUAAUUACGUAUGAGAAAGAUAAUUGAACCAUAAAGUUUGUCGGGAUAACUGGAAAGUGAGCAAAACGACAUUCUUUCACUUAUAUCGGUACGAAGGUUUACAAAGGGAAAGUUUUGGAAACAUUUUUUCCUUACGCAAUUGAAUUUAUCACUAUUUUGAAAUGGGUAUAUUACCAUGGAACCCCAAAUGAUAGAUUGUAGCCUUUCUAUGUUAUAUUAUUGACGUUUGGAGUUCACGAGGUGAAAAUAACUGAUAAGAUGAAUAGAAAAAUUUCAUUUGAGGAUUAGGGAAAAAUUUAUCACAAGGAAAUACAUAAUAGUUGCCAAUUUUCCUGACUAAGAUGAAAAUUACAGAUAAUCAAACUUAAUUCUAACAAUUAGUAGAGUAGAUUAUUCAAGUGCAUAUAAAGUUAACAUCGAAAUUAAAAUUCCUUCCAGUAUGAGUCAGCACGAACGAGAUUAAUAUCAUUGGAUAGAUUUUUUCAGUAAUAUUGAGAAGAGUAGUCCCUUCGCCACAAAAAAUGAAAUACGAAACACAGCUGAUAAAUACUACGUUCCACAUAUUUUAAAGUUUCUUCAUAUUCCCUUAAGAUAUCACAUGAUUUUGGACAACAGUUCGGACAUGUUUACAUUUUUUCGUAUUAACGCCGCUUGGUAUGAUACAAGACAACGUGCAAGAGAU